AUGUGCUGGACAAAAGAUAUCCGCACACCGACAAAUCCACCUGCAUUCCAUGCUGGGCGUUCCACUCAGGAAUAUGCCCCUCCUGACGAUCUUGGGGUGCGCCAGGUGUCCAUCCGCCGAAGACCUCUAACCCCUAAUCGUCUGAUUAUUUUAUCCACCCGUGCAACACUGGCUAAGCACGCUCCAGACCCGUAG